AGUGCGCGAUGCACUGAACUUGUAUGGACAUGAUGAUGAUGUCAACAAGAUUAAUCCACCUUUCCCGUCAUUUCCCUCAAUAUGGCUUUCGAUGCCAUCCUUCAGGACUUAUUUCAAGUGCUCGCAUGCAAUACAACAUCAACAACGGCCUGGCACACAUGGGUAAACAGAUGCCCAACACAUCCACACACACCACGCGGAUUCACCCGGCCUCAUUCUCCUCUGACCUUGCCUCAAGAAAAUACAGUCUAAUCUAUGCAUUUCCACUAAUCAGGGGCCUGCGGGCUCUUUCAAGACUCAAACUCUUACAGACGGGCAUCACUGUUGUCCUGCUGCCCACUGUGUAUUACCUCCACCUGCAGGGCCAGGCAUCAGUGUUGGUCUUAAAUCGCUCAAUAGGCAUUGCCUUGUUUGCUGGAGUCAUGCUGUACUCCAUAAGCCACUUUGUCAGAAGAGUGGUUGGCAUGAUGUAUUUGGAUUCAACACAGACCAUAUUAAAGGUGUCACAUCUUAGCUUUUGGGGUCACAGAAGAGACAUUUAUGUACCCGUCUCAGAUGUUGUGACUCUGGGAGAUUCAGGAGACUCCAGGGGAGAAUCAAUUCUUCGGUUAAAGCGCUACAGCACUUCUAAUACCAUGUACUUUUCUACCAGACUGGGACGAGUGGUGGAUAGACACGCAUUUGGGAAGGUUUUUGGGAGUUUGUCAUGAAUUUGUGUAGUUUUGUAUGUCAUGUCAUAUGAAACUUUCCCAAAGUGAGAAAUUAAAGAUCUUAUGGUAAAGUUAAGUAUAUGUAGCUUUUGUUUUGUGCAUUUUAUUAAUAAUUAGUGAUGUAACAGAUCACAAAUCUUACGGUUUGGAUCAUAUAAUGUUUUUUUUAGUCACAGAUCGGACUAGCCAAAAAGGGGAGGAGACA